AUGGCGGGGGGCGCGCCCGGUCCGCUCGAUUACCCCAAUGGCAUCGAUGAGGCAGCGGCUUUGCGGCAUCUGGAUGUGGAGGUGGCAUCGGAUCUGCGGCAUAUCUUCCAGGAGUGCGGGGUGCCUCUGCCUUUGCAAUACCGCUUGAGCAUCAACUUUCGUACUGUGAGACGCUUUGCGAGUUAUGCUGAUACAAGGGCGGAAGUUCGGGCUGCUCUUCGGACUGAUCACACUCUGGAUGCUACGGAUCAAGCUUCCCGGGCCGUGGUGGCCUCUGUGGUAGCUGCUUGGGAAGCUUCCAAGGAGUAUGCUGGCAAGGAGGCAUCUCUCAAGGCAGAAGCGCGGGUCUUAGGUGUGGUGAGGCCAGUGACCCAGACAGAGAAGCAGGCUAUGCGGGCAGCUUUCGAAGCUGUUCAUGGAUCCAUUGAAGAGACCUACGAGCCUUCGGAGGAGUACUUGUCAGCCAAGAUAGAGGAGGUCGAAUCUGGUGAAGUGGCGGCUUCACCGCUUUCGGAGGUGAUCUCAAAGAAGCGGGCCAAAACUCAAGGCAUUCAAACCAGUGUGGACACGACUGGACAUGUUCGCAUCGUUCGUCAGAAAGCCAAAGGAAGUCUGCCUGCUCAUACGGAGGAGCUCCGUACUGUCCUGCGCGUUGAGGCGAACAUGUGGACUUUCCUGGCUAGCAAGUAUCGGAACCAGGCCAUGUUUCGUGGCAUGACUCCAGCAGUGUGGCUCGACUAUGUCAAUUACUUGUUGGGGGACAAAGUCUACUUGAUGCAAGUCCCGACUCCCGGGGGAAAGGGCAAAGGUGAUCAACAACCACUUCGUCCUCCGUGGCAGGUGCUGCUCACAUACGAGUAUGAGAUGCGUCGCGAAGCUGUCAAGAAGGCCUUCCGUGAGUCGCGAGCACUGGUGGAUACGUUAGCAGAGGUUCAAGGGAAUGCUCAGUUGAAGGAGCAAUUCUUUGUGUCCCCCAUUGCGCUACAAGGUCGCAGUGAGCCCGCCUGGAAACGUCCUUGGCAACCCGGUGGCGAAUCUGAAGCAGCCUGGGGAAAACCCUGGGACAAGUGGCAGAAAGGAAAUCGCAAGGGCGACUUCAAGGGUAGCAAGAAGGGCAAGGAGGCAAAGUCGGGCAAGAAGGGCAAGGACCGCAAGGGUGGUGAUCUUGUGACUCGCACGCCCGACAAUCGGCUCAUCUGUCCGCGGCUGCGGCAAACCACAUCCCACUUGGCAGCAUUGGAUGGAGCAUCACGGUGCUUCGCGGGCAACAGAUGGAGCUGGCGCGAAGAGCUGACUUUCGGUGCUGUACUUGUGCAUGGUUUCACUUUGAAUUUGCGUGAAAUUGACAUUUGUCGGGAUGGAACUAAGUCUGACCUUUCUCAAAAGGCUCUCUGGGAUUCAUUGGAAAAGGAAAUUCGUUCGGGCGCUUGGGAUGUGGUGAUCUUGUCACCUCCAUGUUCCACUUUCAGUCGCGCCCGAUAUAGAUCUCGGCCGGAUGGCUCCGGGCCCCGACCGCUGCGCUCCCGCUUUCAUACGUUUGGUUUUCCUUGGUUGUCUGCAUCGCACCGCGCACUGGUGCAAGAGCAUAAUUUCUUCGUUGAGCAGUGUGCCGCUAUGAUUCAACUCAUGUCUUCGCUGGGGCAUUUCUGGUUGCUUGAACAUCCGGAAGAUCUGGGUCGUCUGCCCAAUGGCGAUGACCCAGCAAGCAUUUGGCAAUGGCCUCAGAUCCGGACUGCAGUGGGCGACGCCCCUUGUUGGGGCCUCCGCCAGUGCGAUUACUCCGCAGAUACUCCAAAACCUACUCGCUUGGCAUCGAAUCUGCCUGGGGCUCGCGUCUUUGGGUCUUCUUGGCCCUCCUUUCAGGAAGACGGCACAUAUGCAGGGCCCAUCCUUCGGUGUGAUCACCAUCACGGACCGGGGGCCGGUUGGUCAUCGGGCCAGUGGCGCACUGCAGGUACUGAAGCUUAUCCAUCCCCGCUUUGUGCCUUUCUUGCUGACCUGGUUGCCUCGGCACUUUCUGCUUCCUUUGGCACGGAUGGUCCGGAACAGCAUGCUGCUGAACAGUUUGCUACGUUUCUCUUGCAACAGGACAGGCCCCCUGCGCCACACGAUGCUCAAGCGCUGAUAACCCUCUUGCCACUGGAGGCCCCGCGUGUCAGUGCUCAGACUGCGGCUGGGCAAGCCUUCUUUGGCGGGGCUUACUGCAAAGGGGGAGUUGUUGGCCUUCGUAGGUCCUGCCGCGAAUUCCCGGCCACCCUUCGGGUCCUCUGCACUUUGCUCCGCCAUGCUUUUCCAGGCCAGAUCUUCUCUUCUGUUGCGGUCUUUGUGGAUGCCGCCACACAGAUGCAUCGGGAUUCACAUAAUGCCCCCUAUCCAAAUCUUCUGCUAGCACUUUCGACGUUCUCCAAUGGCCAGGUUUGGCAGCAGGAUCAGAAUGGGGAUGUCUGGCGCACGGUGCAUGGGACGCCAUGUCCGGGGAUCCUCUUGGAUGUCGCUCAGGCACCACAGCUUCUGCGAGCUUGGGAGCGCUUUCAUCAGACUGAACCCUGGUCUGGAGGUUCUCGGGUGGUGCUCGUUGGCUACUGCGUCCGCCAACUGCAGGCUCUUGAUGUGAGCUCGCUGUCCUUGCUUUCGCAAUUGGGCUUUCUGCUCCCGCCGUCAGUCACUGCUGGCGUUGCCCGGGGUGAUACAGCAGUGACCUUAGCGGAGCCCUCGGGUCCUGUCGCCGAUGCGGGGACGCCCCUUGCAUCUAAGGAGUGGCAGCAUGCUGAGCGGGUGCAAAGGGCGAUCCGGAACUUUGUGCUAGAGGAGGUUGGUGACUUGCGCAAGGCUGCUUUGCAACUGGCUGUCGGAAGGAUGAAGUCGUCCCCCUUUAGUGAACAGGGCGUGCAGCGUUUGAGGCAGCAGGUUGCAAGCAUGCUGCCAGACCCGGAUCUGGCUUUGCAGGUCCCAGAGCGCCAGCCUUUCUUGUUGCACUUGUUGUCGCAGUCCUUGAAGUUGCUGGGCGAUCCAGAUUGGGCAUGUCUCACACAAGGGGAGGAGUGCUUUGCGACGGGCGUGCCACUGGGUGACGAGGUCCCUUUGCCGCGUACGCCGCAGGUGUACCGGGAGCGUGUGAAGGAGCGGACCUUGGAUGUCACCCCUUUCCAGCAGAUCAUGAAUAACUAUGAGUCUGCGGAGCUUUCAGCCGAUAAGCUUGAAGAACAUUUUGCUGCGGAAGAGCGGGCCGGUCGCAUGAUCCCGAGCACGGAACCUGCCCUGCGGGCAGAGUAUGGUGACACGUUGCUGGUGGCAUCGAUGGGUGCCUUACUUAAACCGAAUGGCGACAUCCGUCCGCUGCACGACGGGACUCAUGGCAUUGGUUUGAACAAUCGUAUCAAGAUACUCGAUCGCUUGGAAAUGCCGGGGCCGGAUGAAAUCCUUGAGACGGUGGCUUUGGGGCAGGAAUCUAAAGAGGCAGUGUUCUGCAUUUCUGCAGAUAUCGCUCAGGCUCACCGCUUGACCAAAAUCCGCCGUGCCGAUUGGGCCAAGCUUGGAUGCAAGGCACGCAGUGAGGCGCGUACGGUUUGGGUAAAUACCGUCGGCACGUUUGGGAUUUCCUCUGCGGCCUAUCACUGGUCCCGCUUGUUCGGCUGCAUAGGCCGUUGGGUGCACAGGGUCAUGCUGACCGUUUGGCAGAUGCAAGUCGUGUUUGCGGAUGAUCUUCACCUCUUGACUGCUGGACAACACAAAUUCCUCACGAUGUGGAUGUGCCUGGCUGCCUACGAGUUGGUUGGCACGCCGUUUGCCUAUCGUAAGUUUCGGGGCGGUACUGUUGUGGAUUUUGUGGGAUAUGAAAUCUCAUACACUGACCGGAGGGCUGGCAUCUCCGAGCGGAGGUGCUCGUGGCUGGUCAAGUGGAUUCUGGAAGCCGAGCAGGCUGAUUGGAUCGUGGUGGGGCGGUCGGUGAUCGAGCUCGCUGGGAGGCUGUCCUUUGUGGCUCGCUUGCUGACUUGGAUAAAGCCAUUCUUGUCCCCCUUGCACUCAUGGUGCGCUGUCCUCGCCCGAGGCACGGCGGUUCGAAUGCCUGUGUUGGUUUAUCUGUGCCUGAUCUUCGUGAGGCGUCAGCUGCAGGAUCGUGGACGCUUGGUGCGGCCUGUUGUAGACUGGCGGGCUUCUCGCCAGGCCUUUCGCACCGAUGCCAAAUGUGCUCCGAAUCGUGUGGUCCUGGGUGGCUGGCUGUUGGGCAAGGAGGGAAUUCCCCGGAAGGCCCCUUGGUUCUCUCUUGCCCUUUCCCCGUCGGAGGCACCAUGGUUGUUUAAGCCGAAUGGAGAAUCACAGUGGGCCUCGACGGCUGCUGAGCUGCUUGCAUCGUAUGUCGCAUUGGUUGCUUUCGGGUUGCUUGAGGGUUCACGUGCAUUCGGGGAUACCUUUGAUGCUGUGCUGGUUGGUGGCACGGACAAUCAGGCGACCCCUCAGGCGCAGGCCCGGGGUUCUUCUGCCUCGUGGCCACUUCUUGGCAUCUUGAUGCAAGUCACUGCAACUCUGCAGCCGCAUGGAGCUCAGAUGAAGUUGGUCUGGCGGCCGCGGGAGACUAAUGUCGAGGCGGAUGAUUUGACUAACGAAAACUUUGCCUUGUUUGACAGUGAGCAGAGGGUCGAGCGGAGGUGCUCGUGGCUGGUCAAGUGGAUUCUGGAAGCCGAGCAGGCUGAUUGGAUCGUGGUGGGGCGGUCGGUGAUCGAGCUCGCUGGGAGGCUGUCCUUUGUGGCUCGCUUGCUGACUUGGAUAAAGCCAUUCUUGUCCCCCUUGCACUCAUGGUGCGCUGUCCUCGCCCGAGGCACGGCGGUUCGAAUGCCUGUGUUGGUUUAUCUGUGCCUGAUCUUCGUGAGGCGUCAGCUGCAGGAUCGUGGACGCUUGGUGCGGCCUGUUGUAGACUGGCGGGCUUCUCGCCAGGCCUUUCGCACCGAUGCCAAAUGUGCUCCGAAUCGUGUGGUCCUGGGUGGCUGGCUGUUGGGCAAGGAGGGAAUUCCCCGGAAGGCCCCUUGGUUCUCUCUUGCCCUUUCCCCGUCGGAGGCACCAUGGUUGUUUAAGCCGAAUGGAGAAUCACAGUGGGCCUCGACGGCUGCUGAGCUGCUUGCAUCGUAUGUCGCAUUGGUUGCUUUCGGGUUGCUUGAGGGUUCACGUGCAUUCGGGGAUACCUUUGAUGCUGUGCUGGUUGGUGGCACGGACAAUCAGGCGACCCCUCAGGCGCAGGCCCGGGGUUCUUCUGCCUCGUGGCCACUUCUUGGCAUCUUGAUGCAAGUCACUGCAACUCUGCAGCCGCAUGGAGCUCAGAUGAAGUUGGUCUGGCGGCCGCGGGAGACUAAUGUCGAGGCGGAUGAUUUGACUAACGAAAACUUUGCCUUGUUUGACAGUGAGCAGAGGGUCAAGGUUAGCUGGGACGACAUUCCGAUGGAUUUUAUGCGAGAGCUUGCCGCGGCUCACGAGGAUUUCCUUGAAGCUAAGAAGGAGGGGCACGACGCUCCGGACGCCUGCGGGAGGGGUGACUCGCCCGGAUCAACGUGCUGGGUGAUGCAUCCUGCUGCUGAUAUGCAUGGGUCCGCUCUGCCACUACGUGGGCACUAUGUGCCUGGAUUCACUCGUUUCACCAGGGGUGACUCGCCCGGAUCAACGUGCUGGGUGAUGCAUCCUGCUGCUGAUAUGCAUGGGAACAAACAGGAACUGGGUGGCCGUCCGGGAGCUGUGUUCACCUCCAAGGGUCUGCCAGGUUCUUCAACUGCUGCUCCCUCCCGCUUCCCCUAUGCGAAGCAUGGCCCCCGACUUACCGUGCUUACGCUCAAUGUGGGCGGUCUCUCGCAGGACGCGUGGGACGAAGUGCAGAUCUGGAUACAUGACCAAUGCACUCAGGACAUCAUCCUCCUGCAAGAAACACAUUGGUCACACAGCAAUAUGUUCUUUCUCCCUCGCUACAUUGUGAUCCAUUCGGGUACUGCUGGCCAUCGUCAUCAGGGGUGUGCGAUCUUACUAUCUAAGCAACGAUUCACACCCUCCGGAGUGCGGUGGGCGCCCAUAGUUCCGGGCCACCUCCUUCACGCGCGGGCCUCUCUGGGAACAAAGCCGGUGGACGUAGUAUGUUUGUAUCAGCACUGCUGGAGUCACAACGGGGAUACUGCCUCGCUUCUGCAACGAAGGGAGCGUCUCUGGGUACAGCUGGACAAACUUCUCGGAGGAGUUCCGCGGCGAAACGUGUUGGUGUUGGGCGGGGAUUUCAAUGUCGGCGGCCGUAUGGAUGGUCAAGUGUUCGGCCCAGGCACUAAAUCUGCCAGAGCGCCCCCUCCCGACCAGCCACUCUUUCAGAGUCUGUUGCAGACUCACUCCCUGCAAGCAAUCAACACUUGGAAGAGUGGCUUACGUGCCUUUACCUUUCAGAAUGGAGAAACGUUCACUCAAAUUGACUUUCUGAUUGGCCGUGCGCGUCAGGUUGAUGAUAUGGCUCGUGGCGCUGAGUCGGACCACAACUGUCCUGUCUUGAAGUGGCGGUACGGCCCUCUGCACCACCCGGUCUAUGGGUCGUUUCCUGCCUGCUGGUAUGCCACUGCGCCGGCCACUCCCAGUGUGCCGAAACAGGCAAAGCUUAGCCUUGCCCAAACUCCUGAAGCCAUUCGAGCCUUCCGCGAAAAACUGGCGCUUGCGUUGCCGAACGCUGAAACGCCGCAGGAGCUUAACGACUGUCUUCAAGAAGCGGCGACGCCUCUGAUGGUCGAAGAGCCUCGCCCUCCUCUCUCGCAUCUUCCACAGGUGCGCGGCUUAGUGGGAGCAAUGUGGGAGGCACGGCGUCGUGCUCUCGAGGUUUCUUGGUCGACUGGUCUUUCAGUGCUUCCUCUGAGCCUGUCAAAUAUUUGGGACGUGGUGGUGCGACUACACUUCACAGCCCGCGUCAGAAUACAGCUGCGCAGUGUCUGGCAGGGCUGGUGCUCGGCUGCGAGAUAUCUUGCCCUGCACAGGGCGCUGCGAAAGACCAGUCGUAAGGCGAGGCGGCAAGUGAUGGACGACCGCAUCUCCGCUGCGGCUCAGGCAGAACAACAAGGGGACAGCUCCGCUCUGUUUGCGGUCGUUCGAACGUUCAUGCCCAAACAACCGCGGAUGCGGACCCAGCUUCGGGGUCCGGAAGGCGAGUUGCUCUCCUCUGCAGCUGAAGCAGAUGCAUAUGAGGCAUACUGUCGUACGGUGUAUGCUCCUGCUCUCUCUGCGCGGGAAGAGCUCCCACCGCUGGCACCGCCAGCUGAAAACACUGCGCCGCCCGUGCCUCCAGCGGCUGUUUUCCCCCCGCUUUGGGCCGACUCCUGGCUGACUUGGUUGCCUAAGCAGGGGAAGACGGGUACCACCCCAGCGGAGCAACGCCCCAUAUCCCUGACGGAUUGCGGGGGGAAGGCGGUCACCAAGGCGUUCACCUCCCAACUCCAGCCCACUCUUCGGGAGGCGUUGGCUCCGUGGCCGCAAUUUGCUUAUCUCGGUGGUCGAUGCAUUGAGCACGCCGUCGCCAGAGUAACGGCCCACUGUGUGGCAGUUCGGGAUCGUCUUGCUUCCGGAAGAGUGACCCUGAAACAGCGCAGGGCCGGCAGUGGCCCACAGGGCCAAUGUUAUGGGGGAGUUAUGGUUAGUGUUGACUGCUCCAAGGCCUUCGACACGGUCGAUAGACAGGUCCUUAAAUCGGAGCUGUGCAGCGCAGGAGUCCACCCUGAGGACGUUGACUUCAUAAUGCGCAUGCACACGGCCAUCUCCUAUCACCCUGUGCCCAAGGAUCCCCGCCGCGCGGUUCACAGCAAACGGGGUGUUAGGCAAGGCUGCGCUUUAGCUCCAUCUUUAUGGUCGCUCAUCACCGUUGCCUUACUGCGUGCCCUCGCGGAGAAAUGCGGCACCCAAUGGGUCACCGACCUUGUCACUAUGUAUGCGGACGAUCUCCUGGAAACCUGGGAGGUGUACACCAGAAAGGACCUGGAUCUGCUCAUGCAGGCUGUCAGUCAGAGCUUUCAGCUGCUGGAAGCGCUCGGACUGCAAGUCCAGCCACAGAAGACCAAAGUGGUCCUCGCGCUUAGGGGAAGGCAAGCGCGCCUUUGGAUACGUCGACACACCUUGGACACCCCCGAUGGCAGAGUCCUUCUUAUCCCGGCCCCCAACGGGAAGCCGCACCAUCUGCCAAUUGUGUCCUCCAUCAAGUACCUGGGGGUAGUUCUCAGUUAUGGCGACUUUGAGGGCGCCACGCUGACACAUCGCCUGUCCUGCGCAGAAGCAAAUCGCUCUCGUAUUCUCCGUAUCCUUCACUCCCGAUCGGUUAGCUUGCGGCGUAGAGUUCAGCUGUGGCGGGCGUGCGUCUUCUCCUCAGCCGUGUAUGGCCUGCACGUUGUUGGCCUUCGGCCCAAGCAUCUCCGCAGGCUGACCGUUGCUCUGGUCAGACACCUUCGGGCAAUCGCUGGCAGUUUCGCGCACAUCCACCACGAAGCUAGUAGAGCUCUCCUUGACAGACUCGGCGUGGCGGACCCCCUGGAAACGAUCCGGCAGAGGAACCAAACUCUAGUCGAAUCUAGCUGGAGUACCAAAGACCCGCAGGUCUCUCAUCCCAGGGUUCUAGGUCGACUCCGAGUGGUAAAUGAAGCCCUGACCCGACUCUCAAGUUCGCUUCGGGCCCAAACUGAGGCUGUUCAAGGCGAGCUCGUCGAUCAGGUGCUGCCCUCUCCGCCACGAUCUCGAGAGGGAGCUCCGUGGGGUCAGCUGGUACACAGCUCGGGCGGGCUUAAGGAAGCUCUCUUCCACUGCUGGCAUUGCGACCUGUGCUUCGCAGAAUUGGCUGCCUUGAAGCGUCAUCUGCAAGAUGCCCAUGAUGCUCACACCCUGCCGGAAGAACUCAUCGACCAGGAAAUGGCGGAGGUGUUCGGCAAGCGGCCCCAUGCAGGGAAGCCGGGGCAGGAGAACGCAGUCCGCGACAGGGAGGAGAUGACGCUCCGGAUGGGGCAACUGCUGCUGCGACACACGGACUACCUAGCCCGCCUGCGCUCGGACCACACGGUCAUCAUCACAUACCGCAACGACGACACCCCGGAAUGCCUCCUGCCCGCCCUCCUAGAGAAGGCCGAGACCUGGCGCCGGCUGAAGCUCGAGAAGUCGCCCAACCUCACUCGGACACUUCGGCAAACGCUCCUUCUCUACACGCUUCAGGAACUCCGGGAGAGAGCUAUGAUGCUGGAGACCUCUGCAGCACAGGCGCAGGCAGAUCGCACCCGCUUCACGGAACUGCGCUGGAUGACGGCAGAGGGUCAUUGGAACCACUUGGUCUACGACCCGAGCGAGGAGAUCAUGGUGGUGGACCCCCAAAAGCGGCCUCGACCGAGAGCCGAGGUCCUCAAGGAGCUGGAGCGUCUCAUCAUCAUCUUCAAGACGCCGGAACUGAUCCUCAAGUACGACUCCUUUCGCCCUCUCAAGGGCAAGUUGGAGGGUCCGCUCAUGACGUUCCAGCUGGAGCUGUCUCUGCAGAGCCCGGUGGCGCACGAAGCCAUGCAGAUUUUGAGGGGGUGGUUUGGACUGUCCCACAUGCUGCUCAUGGGCGCCCGCAUCAAGCCGGAGCGAGCAAUCCGGCCACAUUUGGCACAGGUUGUAGGAGAUCGUGCCUCCCAACAAGAUUGUGCGGAGUUCCUGGGCCAUCUACUUAGACGAGGGGGGCCCCCCGCAGCGCAAGGCGAGUGGCAAGCUCGCACCGUCCCUGAAACGGCCCAGCCGGCGCCGGUGCGGGACUCAGGUCAGGGCAUUCUUUACCUUGAACUGCCUGACAGUGCCACAACCCUCCAAGACUGCAUAACGCACUGGCAUGCACAGCAUGAUCCACUGGUCUGCCCACACGCUCUGGUGAGGGCCACGCCUCUCGUGUACCUCUGCCUGGGCAGGUAUCGUGAGCGCAGCGAUGGGGAGGGAAAUCACCGGACGUUGAAGGCCCAACAUCGCAUUCAGUGUACGCCGCACGCUGAGCUUGUCAUUCCUGUGUUCCAGGGGAGCUCAACCUCGGUGACAAUGAGCAGAUACCGCCUGCUGGCGGGUGUGUAUCAUCUUGGAGACACAGUCAACAGGGGACACUACCGUAGUUUCAUGGCGAGCGGGGAUUUCGCCUCUGCAACGGCCCCUCACGGGAGUCCGACCUGGUGGUGUACUGAGGCGCGAAUGCUUCGCAAACGCUUGGUGGAGCCUUUGUUCAUGCUCCGCGGACCCUUUACGCCAUUGCGAAAGCGGCAAAGAAAGGCCAAGGGAGCCAGGACUGCGGAUAUUGCGGAUGCUUUGCAGCUCUUCAGCUAUUGGUUGGAGACAGGAGACACGUCAGCAUCGAAGGCUGAGGGCUGCCACCAAGUUGGCCUGUACUGUAGCCGCUUAGACCAUGUUCUGCCGUAUAGCCGCUUGAAACCGAAGUCAAACAGGUUAUCGGUCGAGUCGGCACGGCCCCGGGGACUUGUAGAGCUGGUGACAGAGCAAUGGCGUGCAGGGGUGUCUUUGGCCAUCCUGAUGCCUCCGAACUGCGGCGUGAUGGCAGGGUGCUGGGAUGCUGCUGCUCCUUGGCCAGCGCAGCGCGCGCUCUACCAGGACAGCAGAUCCUUGGCCUGCUCACAGCGACCACAGCAGCCGCAGCCCCGACCAGUGCCGGCCAAUCAGUUCCAGCCCGUUCGGCUCCAACGGUUCCAACCUCUUCGGACAUCGCCUUUGCAGUCCUAUGCGACUGCACCAACCCAACGAUUCUUGCAGGUUAAGCACCUUUCAGCUCCGAGUGUGCCGGUACGAAGGAUGCCCAACGUUGCCUACACUGUCUCCCAACCCCUGGUCGUGGUGGGCGUCAGCUCCACACCACAGGCCAUCCAGGAGCGGCGAGCUCCUGCCUCGUCCCCCGUCUCCAGCCUGCCGACGUCAGAGCUGCAACCCGAAGCGGCCGUCAAGCGAGCUGCGGCAUCCUGUGAUCCGACGCCCUCGGACUUAAGUCUCAAGGAUGAGCCUGCGUGCGUGACGCCGAAGGGCAAGCCCACUGCGUUCUCAAGGGACCUGGAAACAACCCCCUCAACGACCUGCCCAAACGAGGGCUCCGAUGACGACACCACGGGCAGCAUCGAAGUGGCCCAGGACAUUGCGGCUAGUAGUGGUGACCAGCUGCAGACGAUGCUGCAGGCCGAGGGCAAAGGACCCACGAGCCCAAAGCAGCCGAAGCAGGCCUGGCCCGACCCACAGCUUGUCGCCUUAAUGGAGCGCUUGCGCAAGGUGGACGACAGGAACAUGGAGCAGGCACCUACUAUCCUGGCCAAAGCCCAGCACUUGCACCAGCAACGCGUCGCGGAGGCCGAGCAGGGCUACUGCUUUGGCUGGAUGUGGAGGGCCGCUGCGCCGCGCCUGGGCCGAGCCGAAGGAGUCACGCCGGUUCGCUGCGGCGUGCGCAACAAGUUUGAUGAGGAGAUUCAGGCCCUUGCAGAGCUGCGCCGGAGCCAGCGGAGCCAGUAA